UGUGCUCUACCAGCUGAGCUACAGAGGACCACGGUAUGACGCUAAAAGCUUGGCACACCUGUAUUUGGGGGGUUUCUUCCAUUCUUCUCUGCAGAUCCUCUCAAGCUCUGUCAGGUUGGAUGGUGAGCGUUGCUGCAAGCUAUUUCCAGGUCUCUCCAGAGCUGUUAGAUCGGGUUCAAGUCUGGGCUCUGGCUGAGCCACUCAAGGACAUUCAGAGACUUGUUCUGAAGACACUCCUGCAUUGUCUUGUCUGUGUGCAUAGGGUUGUUGUCCUGUUGGAAGGUAAACCUUCGCCCCAGUCUGAGGUCCUGAGCGCUCUGGAGCAGAUUUUCAUUAAGGAUCUCUCUGUACUUUGCUUUGCUCUGUACUCAUCUUUGCCUCGAUCCUGACUAGUCUCCCAGUACCUGCCGCUGAAAAACACCCCCACAGCAUGAUGCUGCCACCACCAUGCUUCACCGUAGGGAUGGUGCCAGGUUUCCUUCAGACGUGACACUUGGCAUUCAGGCCAAAGAGUUCAAUCUUGGUUUCAUCAGACCAGAGAAUCUUGUUUCUCAUGGUCUGAGAGUCUUUAGGUGCCUUUUGGCAAACUCCAAGCGGGCUGUCAUGUGCGUUUUACUGAGGAGUGGCUUCCGUCUGGCCACUCUACCAUAAAGGCCUGAUUGGUGGGGUGCUACAGAGAUGGUUGUCCUUCUGGAAGGUUCUCCCAUCUCCACAGAGGAACUCUAGAGCUCUGUCGGAGUGACCAUCGGGUUCUUGGUCACCUCCCUGACCAAGGCCCUUCUCCCCCGAUUGCUCAGUUUGGCCGGGCGGCCAGCUCUAGGAAGAGUCUUGGUGGUUCCAAACUUCUUCCAUUUAAGAAUGAUGGAGGCCACUGUGUUCUUGGGGACCUUCAAUGCUGCAGAAAUGUUUUGAUACCCAACAAUGGGACCUUUAUAUAGAGAGGUGUGUGCCUUUCCAAAUCAUGUCUAAUCAAUAGAAUUUACCACAGGUGGACUCCAAUCAAGUUGUAGAAACAUCUCAAGGAUGAUCAAUGGAAACAGGAUGCACCUGAGCUCAAUUUCGGGUCUCAUAGCAAAGGGUCUGAAUACUUAUGUAAAUAAAAAAGAUACAUUUGCAAAAAUGUCUAAAAACCUGUUUUCGCUUUGUCGUUAUGGGAAAUUGUGUAGAUUGCUGAGGAUUUUUUAUUUAUUUAAUCCAUUUUAGAAUAAGGCUGUAAUGUAACAAAAUGUGGAAAAAGUCAAGGGGUCUGAAUACUUUCCGAAGGCACUGUAUAUUGUUUAACACCAUAAACUGAUUUGUGCUAGACUGGACUCUACUUCUUGAACCUUGGGUCAUUUUCUCUUCCUCUCCCAAGGUAUGUGAACUGGACAUCAUCUUUAACUUUGAAAAGGCUUGCUUCAUCCUGGAUGAGUUUCUGUUGGGGGGAGAGGUACAGGAGACGUCCAAACAGGUCGUGUCCCGCUCCAUCGAGGCCUCAGACAUGCUACAGGAGGUGAGCGAGAUACCACGCUCAGGGUAG